GAAAUGACAAUCAUGCAUCAGGCGAAAGACAAACACAGUGAACAAAUAAGGCUUGGUGUCAGGGCAUGCAUGGUGAUGAUUCCUUUGCUGGGGAUCACGUGGCUAUUUGGUCUUCUGUUGUCCUUGCACAAAGCGUUCGCCUACAUUUUCACACUUCUCAACUCCACUCAGGGCUUCUUAAUAUUUCUCCUUCACUGCGUAAGAAACUCAGAGAUUAGAUCUCGCUUCAAAAGAAGGAUCACUGGCGUCCGGCCCCAACUAUAGAUGAAGGAACGAGCAUUAAGCGAGCCUCGCAAGUGAAUGAAACUGAUGGGAACAUCAUUUUUCCGAAAAAUAUUCAUGUCCAGCCUUGCAAUAACAAUGAAAGUGGUGUUGAAGUCCCUGAGAUCUGAAUGGGCAUCGUAGUCUUUUUCCACAGUCUAGAUCUGUGUAUAUCUUAAAUUAAGUUCGUUUAGAAAGUUUGGAACGACUCAGAAGAGCUGGAUAAGAACCCACUAUUAUUAUUAUUAUUAUUAUUAUAACCUUCUGAAGCUGAGGCUCGGAUAGCUUUGCAUUUGAUCCAAAUUAUAAUAAUAUAACAGUUCAAGUAAUCAUCAUGAGAAGUAUUCUUUUUUCUCGAAAAUGAGUACCGGAUAUAACCAAGGUCAGAGGGUCUAGAAAUCCAAAACCACAUCCAAGAGACAAUUCCUGAGAGUAAGGGAACAACCUAGGGUAUCUCAGAAGGAAAAAAAACAUUUUUUUCACACUUAUACUAGCUCGCCAAUGAGUAUCCAUUAGAAAUGGUUAGGAUUUAAUUACCGUUAAAGAAAAUCUUCCUCAGAUGUUUCAUUUAGUCUAUUGAUUAUUUUAUUCAUUGGUCCUUUAUUCCUCCAUUUAUUUAUCUACUUAUCGUCGUUAUUCCUUCAUAAGAAACUAUAAGUC